AUGGCUGCUGCGGCUGCUGCAGCUGUGGGCGCGGUGGAGGUGCACGAGGACUUCUUUGCAAACCCAAUUGUGGACGGUGACUAUCCGGACCCCGGAGCAGCAUGGAUUGGCGACCGCUACUACUUGGUAGCAACAGGCGGUGGCCCGCAAGGUGCCUUCCGCAUGCUUCAGUCUUCUGAUUUGGUGCAUUGGGAGAGCUGCGGCCAGGUGUUCUCCUCCAAGAGCCUUCCUGUCUGGAGUGGGGGAGCCCAUGGCGAGAAGUGCGACUACUGGGCCCCGGAGAUACACCAGCUGCCAAGCGGCAGGAAAGCCGUCUUCUUCAGUGCCCGCGAGCCAGCGCCGGGCCGAGCCUUGCACAUUGGCGUUGCCACAUCGGACAAGGCAGAAGGCCCCUAUCAGGACAUUGGCGAACCCCUGGUGAGCGAUCCCCAUUGGGCUAUUGAUGCGACGUAUUUCAACGAUCAUGAAAGCGGCAAGCAGUAUCUGCUUUGGAAGAUCGAUGGGAACGCACACAAUGUCCCUUCCGCCAUCAAGAUACGAGAGCUCGAUACGACCGCCGGUUGCACUUUGGCCACCGGCUCAGAAGUGCAUGAGCUUAUCCGCAACGACUUGCCAUGGGAAGGUACCGUAGUGGAGGGGCCAUUCUUGAUCAAGCGCGGCGGCUUCUACUACCUGUUCUACUCCGGGGAGUGCUAUGGGAACCACCGGUACUGCGUGGGUGUGGCUCGGGCGGAGCAGGUGUUGGGGCCCUACGAAAAGGCUGCUGCACCUGUUCUUUCAAGCGGCCGCGGCUUUGCCGGGCCUGGGCACUGCGUUGUCGUCGCCGCGCCGGGAGGGGAUGUCAUGGUGUACCAUGCCUGGCCUUCGGAGAGCCCUGGUGGCCGGGGCUCGCGCGGCGCGAAGCGGCAGGUGCUGGCAGAGCGCGUGACAUGGGAGGAUGGUUGGCCUUGUGUCGGCUGCGGCGUGCCAACGACCGGACCACAGCCGUCCCCACAUCAGCGGGCGGAGCCGAAACGCCUCCUGGUACCUGGCAAGGUGUAUCGCCUCAAGGCUUCUCAGGACUGGGGCGUGUACCUGGGCUAUGAAGGCAAGCUGACAAAGUCCAAGGAUGAGGCCUACGUCGUCCGAUCUGGCCUGAAGCCGGGCGGCACUGUGAGUCUGGAGGCAGCGAGCCGUCCAGGUCAUUUCCUGAGGCACCGGUGUGGCAAGCUGGA